ACAAAAAUAAUAAUUGUUGUAGCUUGGAAACGAAAAGAAAAGAAAAGAAACAGAAACAGAAACAGAAACAGAAACCAGUGGGCUUAUUUUGUUGUGGCCCAAGUUUCAUCCAGAGCAAAUUCUCUACCAUCCAAAAAUUCAUGUCCAGACUAAUCUGAUUUCUGAAACAUUCGAGAGCUUUUGUGCUUUGUUUUUCAUUUUUUAUUUUUUUGGUUUUUGUUUUUGCUUCUCAUAGCACAAAAGAGAGAAGCAAAUUUGUGACCACCAAAAUGGCAAGCAUUCUGCAAGCGCCCAUGGCUGCCUCAGUCCUUCCUUCGUCUUCAGUGCCUCCAAGACGACGACCCUUCAAGGCACUUUGUGCCAGUAAUAGCACAAAUUUUGCUAAGCUUCCCAUCCCUCCUUUAAACCCUAAGGACCCAUUUUUGUCCAAGCUCGCUUCAGCAGCUGCAACUUCUCCCGAGACGCUUCUCAAUCGACCUUCCACUUCUGAUACUCCUCCGUAUCUCGACAUAUUCGAAUCUCCUAGGCUCAUGGCCACCCCUGCCCAGGUGGAAAGAUCUGUCUCUUACAACGGCCACAGGCCACAGACACCUCCACCAGACUUGCCUUCACUGCUGCUUCAUGGGAGAAUUGUUUACAUUGGCAUGCCUUUGGUGCCGGCAGUCACUGAGCUCGUGAUUGCAGAAUUGAUGUAUCUGCAAUGGAUGGAUCCUAAAGAGCCAAUAUAUCUUUACAUAAAUUCUACGGGAACGACUCGUGAUGAUAAUGAAACGGUUGGGAUGGAGUCGGAGGGUUUUGCCAUCUAUGAUGCAAUGAGGCAGCUAAAAAAUGAGAUACAUACUGUUGCGGUUGGAGCUGCUAUAGGUCAGGCUUGUCUCUUACUUGCUGCGGGAUCCAAGGGUAAACGGUUUAUGAUGCCUCAUGCCAAAGCCAUGAUCCAACAACCUCGCGUUCCAUCAUAUGGGCAAAUGCCAGCUAGUGAUGUUCUUAUUCGUGCUAAAGAGGUAAUUGUUAACAGGGACACACUUGUAAAACUGCUGGCCAAGCACACUGAAAAUUCGGUUGAUACUGUAUCUAAUGCAAUGAAAAGACCAUUUUACAUGGAUGCUGUGAAAGCUAAGGAGUUUGGUGUCAUUGACAAGGUUCUUUGGCGUGGUCAAGAAAAGAUAAUGGCAGAAGUGGCUCCACCAGAGCUAUGGGACAAGAAUGCUAGCAUUAAAGAAGUUGGUGCAGUCUAACAUUGUUUUUCUAGAUGCUCGUUUUUUAAUGAAGUCAUCCCGAAGUUCAGGCAAUGCACUCAGAAUCUGGAACGAAGGGCUGAAGCCUGAAGCUUCAAUCAUUUGGGCAGGUUGAAGGUAAUCAUACAGUACACGUAAAAAUGAAAAAGAAGUCAUCCUUGGAAUGCACAGCUUUGAGGCAGCAUUUGAGCAGGGACUUGAACUCACAUUUAGGUUGAUUUGUUUGUAGAUUGGUUUUUGGUCAUGGUGAAUAUAGGGGAUCCACAAACAAAUUAUGAUAAUCAGAACGUUCUUUUUUGCUUUUCCUCUUUUUUUUGGGCAAAUUGUUACUCCCAUCUUUCAUCGAAUUCCUGAAGCCAUGUGUUGAAGCAUUUUAUGUAAAAAUUAACUCGUAACCUUACAUAUUAAGCUGUUAAAUUGUCAGUUA